GGUAAGGUAAGGGUGUGGAUGGGAGUGUUCUUUCUGUAACGUGACUAAUCAAGCAGCGGAGGGAGCUAACUAACAAAAGUUUGACACCCCUGUAUUUACCCUCAGCACUGUUAGCUUUACUAGAUUUACUAGUGUGGAUGAUUUACUUAUCAAUGUCUCCUGGACCUUCCUGAGGUUGAUCUCGUGCUGUGGUUGGAGACUAUAUGGCUUCAGGUGGAGCCGAGGAAGAAGAUGGAGGAAUUCCAUUGGACAUUGACAACGUGCACAUGCUUCUCCAAGUGGAGCAUGAACAGAUUCAGAAAAGGACAUUCACCAACUGGAUAAAUGCCCAACUCUCAAAGAGAUGCCCUCCCUCAUUUGUGUCAGACCUAUUCUCUGACCUCAGGGAUGGGUCACAGCUGCUCAACCUGCUGGAGGUGAUGAGUGGCCAACCUAUGAAAAGACAAAGGGGCCAUGGGUUUUUCCAGCAGAGGGCCAACAUUGAGACAGCACUCAACUUUCUCAAGAAAAAAUCAAUCAAACUGGUGAACAUAAACGUCUCAGAUAUCAUUGAUGGACGGCCCUCCAUCAUCCUCGGACUAAUAUGGACCAUCAUCCUCCACUGUCAUAUUGAGGAGCUGGCCUGCACUCUCUCCUUCAGCUCUUGUCAUUCCUCCCUCGACUCUCUGACCAGCUUGGACUCCUGGUCUGGCAGCCCAGUCCCAGCGAGUCCGGUCCCUGCAGGUCGGACAUCGCCCCUCCACAGACGCUUCCGAGUAUCCGCCAAGAAGACCCUGCUCAUGUGGGUCAGGGACCAAUGCAAAAAGGUUGGUUGCUCUGUCAGUAUGAGGGAUUUUAAGUCUAGCUGGAGAAGUGGAGAGGCCUUCUUGGCCAUCCUGUGCUCUCUCAGACCACAGCUGGUGGAUCUCUCACUGGUCCAGUCCAGAAGUAACCAGGAGAACCUGGAAGAGGCGUUUCACCUGGCCGAGCAAGAGCUCCACAUCCCCUGUCUGCUGGAGCCCCAGGAUGUUGAUGUUAAAGACCCUGAUGAGAAGUCUAUUAUGACUUACGUGGCCCAGUUUCUGCAGUACUCCAAUGACAUGCCAGCACCUGAUGACCAUCUGCAGGUCUCUCCAAGUGAGCGAGCACUAGAGGUGACUUGCUGGCUGCAGCAAGCCUACCAGGAACUGUCAGAGUCACAGACAGCUACAGAGAAAUCAAGCUUUGCAGAAAAAUAUCAGGUGUUUAAGAACCUUGCUGACUCCUUCACUGAGCAAAGGAGACCAGUGAUGACCCUCCUUGCUGCCAUAAGACGCCGCCCUGAGCUGAGCCAAGAGCAGUGUGCUCUCAGGACAGCGUGGGAUCGUCUGGAGGAGGAGCUGCAGAGACGUAAAGCAGACCUGGACUCGAGUCUUCCUCCUCCUCUGGACUCAGUUGUUGUGUGGCUGCAGCGUGCGGAGGCAGCACUACACGAAGAGGGAGGAAGAGGGAAAGAUCAUGCAGAUGCUGCUAAAGAAGCAAGAGCUCAACAAGACACACUAAAGACUUUAAUUAAGGAGAUGAACCACCAUGUCAAUGUCCUUGAUACCUACCACAACACUGAUGACUCAGGGAACGUAGUAGUGCCCCUUGAAAAGUUUGAUGAGAUAACAAGACGUUUAACCAAUAUCCGAGUCACAGCCAAGUAUCAAGGGAUCAAGUUGGAAUACCAGGAAUCCCGUCACACUGUAUUGGAUCUCCUGGGUCGCAUCAGUGCAAAGGUUCAGACCUGGAAAGCUCCCUACAGAUCCCAGGAGACAGUUCUCCUGCUUCUGCAGGACUGGCAUGAGACCGUGGAGCGCCAAGGCCUGCUUUUGAUUCUGAUGGAUGCUGUCCAAAACCUGAAGGAGAAAGCAAAUGUUUACACCGGCAAGGCAGCGCUAGGUGAAGAUUCCCAGCAUGUUACUCGUCAGGUGAAGGAAGCAGAAAAUGAAGCUGAAUUGGUUGCACAGGCUGUGACGGCCGUGAAAGGGACGAUGGAGAGAGUGGUGUCUGCGUGGGAGACUUACAACAACUGCCUGACUUCUCUACAGACAUGGCUGGCACAGAAGAUACAGUCAGACGCCCAGUCUUCAUCUGUGGGGACGCAGGAUAUGAGUGAGUGGACAUCAUGUCAGGCUAAGUUAAACGAGGCGGGGAACUGGCUCAUCGAAGUGACAGAAUCUUCAAUCAGUCUCGCUCUUGCCGAGCAACUCAGCAAGGUCAACAUGCAAUGGGCUGAAUACAUGAAGAGGACAAUGUUUGAACUAUCCUCGGAGCCCAGUGUUGGUCCAAUGUGUCUUGAAAUGGUGCAUUCACUGACCCAGGAAGCCAGCCUGCUACUGAGGCAGCCACUGGAGGUGGCCUCAGCCCCACUGAAGGCUAAAAGACAGAAACUACAGCUCCUGAGUAAAAAGAUGGCAGACGUGGACCUUUCAUCUCUAAGUCCAUCUCCAGACUUUCAAACAAGCAACAUAGAGAAGAUCCAGCAAACUCUCCCACAGAUGCUUGGUGAAGCAGAGAGGACCUGUGGAGAACUGCAGCGGGCUGCAUCCAGGCUGGAGGGCCGUCUAGCUGAGCUGGAUCACUGGAGCACAGAGGCCCUGGACUGUCAACAGCACCUAAAGACGAAAAAGCACAGAGGACGUUCUUCAUUGGAACCUACAGCCAAAGUGCUGGUCUCUCGAGGGUUGCAGUUAGAGGGCCAGGUUGUAGCUGAGGGACAGGAUCUGCAGGACCUUGUGGCACGAGUACAGAAAACCUCUCCUCUGCAGCACCUCAGUACCUCUGGCAUUCAGGACAGAAUCUCAGAGGCUGUAUCCCACUGCCAGGAGAUUCUUGGAAUGUUUAGUUCACUUGGGUUUCUGCAGCGUGUUGAAACAGCCCAUCAGAGGCAGCCAGAGGAGGGGUUAUUUGUUGUGGCCAGAACCAAACAUGUUGACCAGACUGGGAAUGUUCUGCUGCAAACCCAGGACCCAAAUCACCUUUCACCUGAGGUUCCAUCUCAGAUGUCUCAACAAAGGACAGGAAGUCUCCAGGAUUGGCCUAAAAACCAGCACAUGAACACUCAAGAUGAACCCACCAUUGUUAUACCCCUUGUCCAAAUACAGAUGCUGCCUCAGCCUUUGAGGGGACCAGUACCUCAUAUUCACUCUAGUCUACUAAGUCCAGUUCCAGAGGACAAGGAAAGCUCAUCCCCCUCACAAACUCACAUAUCGAAAUCCAGAAUAAGAGGGCAACCAAACACUCUACAAAGUAAUACAACAUCUCCACAGCCACCAGUGAUGGUCCGCAGUGAGGUUCAUUCAAAAGCCCAGUCAAUGGCAAGGAGCAGACUGGAGAAGGCCAGGUUUCAUCUGCAUGGACGCAUCCAGCAAGCCAUCAAGUUAUUUGGUGGAAAAGAGUUUUCAGAGUCACAAGCCAAAAGAAAACAGAGAGCUUUAAAGAUUCUGAAGCCUGCUGUCCUGGAGGAGUUCCUGAGUGCAGUGGAGGGUUUUGGGGCCUUUUGCACUGGGCCCCAACUCCAGGACUUGAUGCUCCUCUCUGACUCAGUCAGAGGGCAGUGGGAGGAUGUACGCAGAGAAAUGGCCUCCUUUGUUCCCAUCAUAUGGUCUAAGAUCAGAGAGGGGAGGCAGUCAUUUUCUGUUGUGCAAUGUGAAACGCAAACUAACGCUCUGCACGAAGCCACUGACCAGACUGACCUUGACUUUUUGCUGCAACAACAGGCCGUCGUGGAUGGAGAUGCGUCUGCUGAUGAACGUGUUGAAUCGCUCCAAGAGCUGUGUGAAACACUAACACCAAUAAAAUCCUCCAGCCUGGAAACAGACCAGCUGAGGGAGUCAGAUGAAGCACAGGAAACACAACCCAGUGACUCAGUGCUCCAAUUUGACUGCAGGGGACGGCAGCUCUGGGGAAACACCCCACUGAGAGCGACUGCCGUGUCGGCAGACACACAGCGGAGAAACAAUCUCCCACAGAAACACAGUCAACAACAAGACCUCUCACCUGUGGGCAGUGCUGUGUCAGUGCAGCAUCAGGGAGAUGUCCUUCAGCUGCGAGCUCAGGCUGUCCCAACGGAGAGCGAGGAUGACCUGACACAGCGUAGAGGCCGUGGGUCGGAGAAAAGUCUCAAGUCUUCACUACGAGCCAAAGAGCAGCCGCUGAAAGCUCGUCUACUGCACAUCACAGAUAGAAAGCAGCAAACCCAAACUCAUACACAGGCAGUUGUCAGGGGCAACACUGUAGAGACCAAGCAGGAGGCAGAGUGGACCGUCAUUGCAGAGACAGCCACCCCACCGCAGGAAGAGCACUCAGCCGAACAGGAAGUACUUGAAAGGUACAGAAAGUCCUGCUUGCUAUUUCAAACUCAACUUCAGAAGAACAAGAAACUUUUGGAGGAGUUUAUCCUACACCCAGUCACCAUUUCCACCCUGCUGAAGCAAAAGAAGCAACUACUGACUCUAAAACAGGAGACAGAGGCACUAUGGUUUGAGUUUGAGCUCCAGUAUGCCCAGCUAUCCCAGUGCUCCCAUCUGAAGACCAGGGAAGAUGAGUAUGAAGUGAAAAAAGACUGGGAGCAGCUGACUCAGCAGUGGAGAGGCCAACAAAUGUGCCUACAGAGCAGGCUGACAUCUCUAGACAAUACUGCAGUACUGAUGAAGUCUGCAGAUGACCAGAUGGCACUGACCACAGAAAAACUGGACCGCAUCCUCAAAGAGUCUGUGGACAUCUCCUCCUUCACCUUGGCCGAUCCUAGACUGAUAUCUGAUUUAAAGGAGAUGGAUGACAGCCUGCAGUCUGAAAUGAGAAAGCUAUCAGAACGAGGCACUGAAGAGGAAAGACAAGGGCCUGGAGCCACAUCCCCUUCACCCCUCUGCCAGGCUCUGCACAACAGUGUCCAUCAUCUUGAACAGCUCAGACAGCGGCUGGAGAAGGUUCAGUCAGCUGCCCGGGCCCUGGAUCACUUCCUAGCCACAGUGAAGGAAGUCAAGGCCGAGAUCCCAACACUGCUGGCAAACCAGGACCCCAGCAGACAGCAGAAUGAGGCAGACUGGGAGCAGGAGAGACACUCUUGGCAGGCAGCAAUUCAGCAAAAGUUGCAGACUGUUGCGGAACAAUCUGAUAGUGUUGACAGCACUUUAAAGGGAGUGGGGAUGACUCUGACCAUGGAUGGUGCAACGGUGGCGUGCCAGGAUGUGGUGACAUCAUUGUCUCGGCAAGCUGUCGAUGUGGAGAAAGAGCUGAUGAGAGCCAGGAAGAGAGAGAAGGGAGAGAUGGGAAAGGAGCAAAUCCAGGAGAAUGAUCAGUUGAAUCCUGUGGAGAUAUGUCAGGAGACAAAGACUGAUUCACCACAGGAGCAUCCCACUCCAAGUAGGACGGAAGAGGAGUCAGGGAUGGAAGCCAAAAGGAGUAGGCUGGAAGAAGAAAAUGAUAGAAAGGCACAAAGGGAGGAAGAGCACAAGGAUCAAAUGUGGAAGUCUGAAGAGGAUGUCUUAAAAGCCAAGGAUGAGAGAAGAAGAAGAAGCAGCAAGGUUAAAAAAGAGGGAGAAGAGAAGGAGAGUUUGGCCCAGAGGAGAGUUGCUUUGCUAGCUGCACUGAGGGAGAUAAAGGGGAGCAGUGAACAGCUCGGGUUACAUGAGCCCACCCUGCCUGCUUUACAACAGAGGACGCGUGCCUUGACGGAGCUGGAAAGUAAUCUUGCCUGCCAUCUCGCUGAGCUGCAGCACAUACAAGAUGCAUCUUCAAAAUCAGGGAUUUCUGAUGUGCGUCACACCAGAGAGGUGGAGGAUGUCUGGGAGGAGGCGACAAAAGCUUUAACUGAACGGCUGGAGCAAUGUAAUGUCCUAACGGAGCUGCUGAAGAGGUUUCAGAGCAUUCAUGUUGAGCUGAGUGGGACUUUGCAGAGGGCAGAAAGCACCAUCAGUGAACAAGCCUCCUACAUGGGAAAAAGCAACCUGCAGAGACUGCAUACUAAGGUCCAGGAAACAAAAGCAGAGCUGAAUGGGCUCAACAACGGCAUAGAGGAGGUCCGCAGUGUCUGCAGGCAGCUUCACACUCAUCUACGUCAGAUCCCAGAAUGCACCCUCAUCCCAUAUGAGAGUGAAGCAGAUGCUCUCAUGGACCGCUGGUUGGAUAUAUCAGAAAGAACAGAUUCCCACAUUGAAAACUUACACCUUGGCCUGAGUCUGUGGGAUGGCGUCCUCAAGCUUGGAGCAGAGGUAGAGAGCCGGACCACCAGUAAACUUGCAGUAUUUGCUCAGUCUCCAUCCUUUCAAACAGAGGAAGACAUCAGGACCUUGCAGAAUGAGAUUGUGUCCCAAGAGCAGAACAUGGAGCGUUUCCACCAAAGAGCCACUGAGAUUCAGGCACUGCUUCAAAGCCCAGAGCCUCCUGUGGAGCUGCAGGUUGUGGAGACCCAGACGAGGAACAAGAUACAGCAGCUGAAGGAGCUUAGUUCUGAAGCUGAGGAUGUUUAUAGGCAGAUAGUAGCUACUAAGGGACAACUUACUGCUAGGAUGGCCGAAUGCUUUAACUCCCUCCAGAAGAUUCAGGAGUCUCUCCUUACACUCAGUGGUUCAGAUGUUGCAACAGUCCUUGCAAAACUAAAGGAUCUACUUUUUGAGCUCCAGACCCAGGAUGAGCAGGCAGAGAGUCUGCUGGAGGAUCUGCGUGUUAUGUCCUCCAUAGUGAGUUCAUCCAGCCUGCAGAGUCUGUCUGUGGAUGGGAAUCAGCUGCAGGAUAAAGUCAGAAACACACACCAGCUCUUCUCUGAGGUGGAGGAACAGACUGAAAGGAAUAUCCAGGACCUUAACAGGCUGCAAAGGGAGAGUGAGCAUUUGGAACAAUGGUUGCAAGCCCUUGAAGAAAAAGCAGCGAAGGAGGAGGAUCUUAGUCUCCUGCAGGAGGAAGCACUUCGACAAAGGGUGAGAACAGAGGAAAUCAGUCAGCUUGUGUCAUCCUUACAACGCAGCACACUUCAGCAGUCUGCUCUGGUGGAAGAGAGCAACAAACUGCUGGAACGAUACAACAACUUUCAAACCAACAUACUGCGUGGCUCCAAAGAGAAGAAGAGCUCUCUGAGCAGAGACAUUGAGGCUGUGGUGAGUGCAACAGAAGAAGGGGUGGCUCACCUUGAGGAGUUUAGAGUUAAUGGAAAUAGUCUGAGCCACAGACUGUGUGAUGGUGGCGACCUGAAACGGGACAUUCAGCAAACAGAGGAGCAGUCGAGGGACCUUCUCCACUUAGUUCAGCCUCAUCACAGUGUCACCUCCUCCUACCUGGCCCAAAGACAGCAGGCCUGCAGCAGAGUGGAGGAGCUGAAGCAAAGAAUUGCUCAGCUCCCCACUUUAUUCCCCUGGCCUGGCUCGACUGAGCGCAGACAAAUCUGCCUUCAAGCCCGUCAACUGCAGGAGGAGACUGAAUCCCUGCAACUGACUCUUGCCAGCCUGGCUGAACAGAGGAGGGAGCUAGCUGAACGAACCAGCGACAGCAUCUGGAAAGAUUUCUCUUUGGAUGAGCUGGAGACCUGCUGGUCAUCACUAAUGGCAGAGCUGAAGGGUGUGUGUUCCCGCCUCGAGGAAGGUGUGUGUAAUGAGGAACAUUUUGGCCAGUUACUGCAGGACUGCCACCAUAAAUUGACAUCCCUGCAGGAAAGGAUGUCAGUGCGUCAGGCCCAGAAGGAAAGCUCAGCUGGACUGAUAACUGAUGUACCAGCUCUGGAGGCUUUGCUACAAGAAGUGACAGAGAUAGAAAAAGACCUUUUACAGAUUGUAACACUCAAGGACUCUAUAACAGCCAGUUCCACGGCCGAGGCCCAGGCCAGCCUCUCCCAGCAAGUGGGCAGCCUCCAAAACCACAAGAGGGCACUAGAAAGUAGCAUCAGAGAAAAUCUGGCACCGCUCACAGCAACCGGCAACCAGAGAGUUCAACAAGUGGAGGAAGAGGUCUCCUGUGUACAGAUAGCACUGAAAGACCUGGCUGAAAAUUUUGGAAAUCUGUGUGAGAACCGUGAGGUUUUGCCUGAUAUCAGCCAGCUCAAACAGCAGUGGUAUACACUACAGGAUUGGGAUACCAGACUAACAAAAUUGGCUAUGAGAGUCAACAACCUGCAGAAGACUGGAGAGUCGUGCAUCACACAAGAAACGCUGCCCAGAGGUGUCCUUUUGACUGUUGAUACAGUUGCUAAAGACCUUGACAGCCUCAGGUCUAGUUUUCUACAAAAGAAGCAGCAGUGUGUAGAAAACACUGCUAACAGGGUGAGACAGGUCAUCAGCCAGCUGCAGGAUUGGAGCCAAACAGUACAAGCUGAACCGUCAUCACCCAGCCAGGCAGCUCUGGAUGAAGGUUUGUGCCAUCAGCAAGCUGUUCGUGAAGUGCUCUCAGAGCAAGAUUUUCUUGUAAUCUGUCUGGGAACAAAUGUGACAAAGAAACUGGAGAAAAGUGCUUCAGACGCUAUGAAUGAAAGCACACCUGCACUUAAAACCGUAUCUAAAUGCCUGGUGAGUCGUGGCCAUUGUGACGUGGAAUCGGAAAAAGUCGUUGAAGAAACUUUUAGAAGUGAAAGUGAUGCACUACAUUUAGCUUCACCUGAUGAAACUCUGGCCAUGUGUCCUCCUGCUUCUCCUUUCUUUUCUGCAAGAGAAAACAAGGAAAACUCUGAAAGUGAUCAGAAUGAUAAUAAAAUGAAAACCAAAGGUACACUGGAAACAGCCAAAGAAGAUGCCUUUUUUCCGCAUCAAUUCCCGUGUAUAGAAAUCCCUGAUGUUUUUAAAUCAAAAAUCCAACAAGAAUCACAUCCAUUAACAUCAACUCCACCAAAAAUAAACUUGGAGACUUGUCUCGGGCCAAAGGAUGAUACAGGCACACUGAACACUGAUCCUUUAAGCAAUGGGCAUAGGACACCUUCUGGGAAUAACACAGUGCCUUUAAUGUCAGACUCACUUCCUCCUUCCAACAAGAGUUUAACAGCCCAGCAAGAGAGCACUCAACCAUUGCAGGAAGACACUACCUCAACCCAAGACUCAAAAUUCUUAGCUAUAGGCACAGUCAAUACCAAAGAAAUCAUUUCAGCACACUGUGUCGCAUCCAUGGUUGCAUCCUCAGCGACAAAACCAGACAACUUCCCCCUUUCUACCCCUGAAAAUGCAUCUGAACAUCUAGCAGUACAAUCAGAGACAUUUAAGGCUGUUAGCGAUGCUGAAGAACAACAGAAAGACGGUGAGGACACCAGUCUAACCCCAGAGAAAGUGUUGGACAUGGAGCCACAGGACAUGCAUAAAUUGGAAAAUGUUGGUCCGUCUUAUGCACUCAGAUGUUCUCAGGGAGCAGAGCUUUACAAUGCACAAUCAGAGAUGUUUAAGGCUGUUACGGAUGCUCAAGAAAAGGAGAAAUCUUGUGAGAAUAUCACUGUGAGACCAGAUAAAGUGUUUACAAUAUUCUUGGACAUGGAGCUGCCUGAGUUUCAGCCACAGGACAUGCAGCAAAGGGAGAAUGUUGGAGCCAGAGGUCUUGGUGUACUCAUAUGUUCACAGGGGGCAGAGGUUUGUGAUGCAAAGCCCACUGAAGAUCCAAGUAUAGGAUUACCUGAGAAUAAAUCUGGACUCACAACAUUAAUCAGUCCUGAAUCAGACGAAACAAAAUUUAAAUACCAUGGUUUAAAGAGUGAUUUAAAUGCGUCUCAAGUAGCAGAAAGCCCUCUGGCGUUAGGGAGUACAGAAUCGGAGGAGGUAAAAUGUACAAAUGCCAAAAUAUCAUGCAAAAAAACCUCAGAAACCAAUGAGUUAAUGCACAAUGAGGUGUUGAAUUCCUCCAAAUCAUGUAGCAAUGUCACUGAAUGUCAGCCCACUGGUGCGCAUGCAGCAGAAACAUUUCUGGAUGUCAAACAAGAGGAGAUGACAGAUUUCUGUCACACCGAAGAGCAAACAAUGAGUUCAGUCUUGUGCACUGUGGACAGAGAUACCUUAACUGAAACACAAAUACCUGCUGGUGACAACAAACAGCUGACUGUUGCUGACACUGCACAGAGCACAGGUACAGGACAUUUGGAGAUGGCAGAGGGAGAUAUCACAGAAGAAGCAAGUGACCUUGAACACCGGGAGUCCAGACAUACAAAAGUGGCAGAAAGGCAAGCCAAAGCUACGCUGCCAAUAGAAGAAAGGGAACUGAAGGUACCUGCAUCGCUGGAGGACACUGAGGUGACACAGGGACAGCCUCAGAUCCAAGACAGCAUGGAGUCUGAGAGGACAGCUCCGGGUUUGGAAGCUGAUCUCCAGGCCAGGGACACGGCAGGUACAUCACCAGAGACCUACAAACACAAGUGCAGCAUGCAGGAUAUUUUGUCUGAGGUCCAGAGCUGGGUGGAGAGAAGUAACAUAAUAAAUCGGACACCACACAUUGAUUUAACCUGGUACCUUAAGUCCUCUCCUGGCGAACCAGAGAUUCGACUGCUACGAACUGUCCAAAAAGUUCUGGCAUGUCGCUAUCAACCUGCACAGCUCGAUGUCACCGUAAUGGCCAGACAACUGCAAGAGGCAGAGGACUACAGGCGCUGCGUUCAGGAGCAAGUGGAUACUAUGAAAAGCACGAGUUCUGUGAGCAUUUGUGAACCAGAUGCCUUAAAAAGUGUUGAAGGACAGUGGAGUGCUGCACUGCUGGAUGCCUCUGCCACAGUGCAAGUCAAAGCAGCACAGCUGGAUCAGGUCAAACAGUAUCAUAAACAGAUGAAGAUCAUCAGAGCUUUCCUGGAGGUUCUAGCUGUUGAGAAGGACAAAAUGAGCUUAAAUAAUUUGGGAAGCAGUGCCCUUCAAGCUGACAAACUCCAUGCCCUACUGCGAACCAUGGUGCACAAAAAGAACAUGAUGGAAGAGCUCCUCCAGUUAAGUAGCCAGUUGUCAGUCCACUUGAGCGCUGCGGAAAGUUCAGGUGCUCUUCUUGCCCAGCUUGGAGAUGUCCAGGAGGAAUGGAGGCUUUUAGAAGGAAGUAUCAAAAGAGCUCUGCAGCACGCCUCAAACUCCACCUCUCAAUCCUCCCUUCUAAUAAAAGAGGCUGAACAGUUCAAAGCCAAGCUUGAAGCUCUUCAACAAUCCAACUUUCAAAGCCAUGACAGCAAAAGCUCUUUAGAACUUGUUUGUGUGACCACAGACAUAAAACUGUACAACCAACUUUACUUGCACUUACAGUCCCAGUCAGAUGCUCUUGUCCAUUUCUCUCUGGGUCAGAAAGAGAAGGAUGAGAUCAAACAUAGUCUUCAAGAAUUGGGGUCCUUGCUGAAUGUUACCAAGAGCAAGCUUGACAUUUCCACAUCCAGCUGUGGUGGCAUUUCUUCAGCUAAGAUCAACAAGCAAUUACAAGACUUGAUCAUAUGGGCCAAGCAAGCAGAAAACCACAUCUCUAUUGGGAAAAAGUUAGCCCUUUUCCCAGAGGAGGCUCGUAUUCAGAUUGUUGAGAUGAAGAAAUUUAGGACUGAUAUUUGGUCUAGAAGGUCCAAGAUGCGGGUAGAAGUUGAGCAGAUGAAAGGUGUAGGCUCUGAUAUGGAAAAGGAGGAAAGUGACCAAGUAUUAAAGACAAUAGAAGACUUGUAUGAAGCUAUUUCUGACAGUUUGGAUCAUGUUCUUGACAACAUGAAGAAAAGUCUGCAGGAGAGGGAGAAGCUGUUAUCCCAGCUUGCAAGCAUGGAUGCCUGGCUAGCAGAAACACUUGCUAAAAGAGACCCCUGCGACCAUGUUGAAAAUGUUUCAAAAGCUGAUAGCAGAAAGCUGGAGAGCGAGCUGAAAAUUCACAAGUUAGCCGCAGUGGAGAUAGAGAGCCAACUGAAACAGCUGGAAGCAAUGGCAGACAGUUACAGGGAAAUAACCGUAGGGUUGAGUCCAGGAGAGGGCCGCUACCUUGUCAACAGACUUUCGGGCCUCUGUACAGAAUUAGAUGGAUUGCUAGCUCAUGAGAAAGCAACCAGCUGGGAAUUAGAGGAGCUGAUUCAUGAGAGAACCACGUCAGAUGAGGAGUUAUCAACCAUCCAGGCUAGUUUACAGCAUAUUUCCACUGAUCUGCAGCAGCAGAGGUUUCCUUUAACACUGGAAACCCUUUCAACAAUUGCACGUUUGAAGCACAUGCUAAUGGAGCAUCAGUGUGAAGUACAAGAGCUUCAGCACUGCCAGGAGGCCAAGCGAAGCUCCCUGCUGUGCACCAUUGGGGAACUGCAAGACCAGUGCAAAGCUCUUAGUAUUAAUGCCUUUGAGCAAGACAAAUAUCUGCACCUGAAGAGACAAAUGGAGGAAUCUAGGGACAUUGCCAAAGAGCAAAUCCAGCAUGCCAAAGAUAAAACAGUCAGUAUGGGUGAGAGGUUCAGACUAUGCCAAACACUUUUGGUUGAACUUCCUUUGGUAAAGACUCAGUGUCAAGAGGCAGCGGACCAGUUAGAGGCCAUAGCCCAGGAGUUGUACCCAUCAGAGCUUAAUUCAGAGAGGCAAAGUAUUCGCUGCACUGUGGAAACUUUAGUCUCCUGGGAGUAUUCUAUCACAGAUGAUAUCAAAAACCUAGAGGCCAAGCUUCUGUUGGGUCUGCGUUUUUCCUCUGAGCUCCCUGCCUUAAUGGAACUUUUCCAAAUAACAAGAGUGGAGCUGGAGGGUGCCGAACCAGUUAAACCAGAUGAAAAAGCCAUAGAUAUUGCACUACGAAGGUGCUGGGUAAUUUGGAGAAAUAUGGAGUCUGGAAUGAGGGUGUUGGAAGGUCUGGGACGGAAAGAAAAAAUUAACCUGAAGAACUACAAGGAACUUUACUCCCUUAAGGAUGCAGCCAAGCAAGACUGCCAUUUACGAAUGGAGAGUUUAUCCCAGGCUAGAGAAUCCUUGAAAGAUUACCAGUGGGCUGCUCAGGGAGCAAUUGGCUUUCUUCAUAAUGCUGAAGCCACGUUCUUAUCAGCUCCUGGAGGGUUUUUGGACUGCACUGAGGAACAGAGACAGACUCAGCAGGCUCUAGAAGCUCUUGAAGAGGGCUUUCAGGCUCAUAUCUGCCACCUUGGGGAAUUGGUGCCCCAACAACCUUGCCUGUCUCGCCCAAAGACUGAGCAGCUCCACAUCAGCAUCCUCAGUCAGUUGCUGGUGGGAAGAGCCAUACUGGAGGCCCAAGCCCAGCUCAGGCUGGAGUCCUUGCAGAGGUGUGAAAUAAGACAACAAAGCCACAGGAAGUGUCAUGAAGACGUACGUCAACGUCUUUCAGGGUUUGAAGCCAAUCUUUCAGAAUGCGCUGCAGAACAAGUGACGUCACAUGACAAAUGUGUUGCCCAACAAAAAAGAGCUAAGCUUCUAAUGGAAGAUCUUCGCAGCCUCGCUGGUAAGAUAGAAGAACUGAGAGCUGGAUGCCCGAUGCAGGGCUGUGGGGUUGGAAAGGAUGGCGAGCUAGGUGCCCUCUGGAGGCGCUGGGUAUCAUUACGACGUGGUGUCGGCCUCCUGAUGGCACACACAGAACAGAGAGGAGAAGAAUGGAAGGACAUAACUACAAGUAUGGAGCAGUGUUGCAGCUUUUUGGCCAGUCUUCAGGCUGAUGUCCCCGACCGCUCCACUGUGAGCUUCGCUCAAGAACCCCAGGAUCUUCUGGCUCACGCUGAGAUACACCAGGCUGGACUGGAACAGGAGCAGCAGGCCUUAGCUUCCCUGGAGCAUCGACUAGAGCAUGCACUGAACUUAUCUAGUUGCCAGGAUCCCAUCAGCCCUGGACCUGUUGGCAAAACACUCGUGAAGAUCCAGGAGAAUGUCAGGAGCUUGCAAGAGAGAAACCUGCUCGUGGUAGCUGCAGCCCAGGCAGAAGAGAAAAAGAGAAGGCAAUUCCAAGAGGAGAUAGGAGAGGUGGAGCAACACAUGUUUUCCAUUCUUACCUCACUGGAAGCCUGUUCCGAUCCAUCCAUCCAACAGGAGCACAGAAACAAUUUGUCCUCCCAGAAGGCCAAACUUAAGCGUAUCAUGGACGGUGUGCAGAGCCAGUAUGCUGAAAUACCAGCUGAUAUCAGCAGAAGAUUACAAGAAGUUCGACUGUCUCUACAAAGAGAGGAGGAGAAGCUCAUGGAGAACCCAGUACGGAAGCUGGAUAGUCAAGUGGUGGAGUUGGCUACUGGGCUGGAGAAAGUGAAAGUGUUACUGGAACAGAGGAGUCCAACAGUCAAUGAAGCACAAAAUGUACUCAAGCGUGUGUGGGAUGAGCUGGAUGCAUGGCACAGUCGCUUGAUGCUCCUGGAGAAUGAAGUUCAGGAUCUUGCGGAGGAUCAUCCAGAUCAAGCCCACCUACUCAUGGACCAACUUACACAACCGCUGCAGCUCUACCAAAACGCAGCGCAGAUGGCCGAGCAACGCACCGCCUUCCUCAGCAAGAUCCCUGCCUGUCUUCAGGAGUUUGAUGACAUUGUGUACGGCGCCACCUGUUGGUUAGACGAGGCCCAGUCAUGGCUCACUGCUCCCUGCUCGUUCACAACAGCCAGAAGCCUCCAGAAUCAUGCAAACUCCCUGCAGUUGGUCCUGGAUGACUCUGAGAGGAUCAGACAUGCCCUGCAAGACUUCAGGCCAGUCCUGGAUGAGAUCUCUGCUGUGUGUGAUAUGAGCACACAGAAGGAGAAGCUGGACCAGAAUGACCAACAAGUCCACAAAAUGCAACUCAAGAUCCUAGAGCCACUGGAUCAGCUCCUGCAGGCUGUCCCGGUGGUGGAGGCAAUAGAAGUGGAGCUGAAGACGAUGGAGAAGAAUGUCCCGAAGAUCAGAGCGAUUUUAUCCUCCUUGGACAACUCUAACAUCACUCUAACGGAGCAUCUUCAAAACCGACAGGUGAUCUUGGCCAACGUGCAGUCGAUGCGGAGGACAUUGGAGGAGAUGGAGAGAUGCAAAGAAGAGCUUCACCUCCCUCAGGGAGCACAGGAGGGCCUGCUGGUCGUCUCCAGAGCCAGACUGCUCCUGCAGCCACUCGAAGAGCUGGAGCAACUCACCCAGCAACAAACCACCCUGCUGGAGAACAAGAUUAGGGAGGAGGAUCCUGGCAUCACCACAGUAGACAGAUCACCACAAAGUCACUCAGUCCAGCAGGAGGCUUUUCAGGUGUCUAAUUCAGAGGAAGAGGAGGAUGAGGAAUAUGAGAGUUGUGACUCGUCGUCCUCUGACACACUAACAUGCAGUAUUCCAGAGGACCCAGAAGAGACACUCAACGUAUCAGAUGUGCAGAGUGAGGAUAUUGCUGACAUUAAGCCACUAUCAGAAUUUAAGGCUGUUCAGAGUUUGGCUGGUCAGUUUCCCUCUAAAGUGGAGAUGAGCUCAAAAGGUGUGGAAACUGAACUUUUAUCUGUGAAGCCUGGGUUUGACACUAAAGGAUCAGAAAUUGUUGAAACUGUAUUAAUAACAUUGGAUUCCGAUGUUGGAAAAGCAUUUAGUCCUGAAACUGCGACGUCUCAGUCACCUCUUGCUGCAGCUGAAGACGAGCUCGCUGCUGCUGCUGCUGCUGCUACACUGGACCGACAUAGGUCACCUAAACAUGAAAGCCUUGUCACUUCCCCUCAUACUAAGUCCCUUCAGGCAGCAGCUGCAGUGGAAGACACAAGACUGAUUCCUACAAGACCUAUAACUCCGUUCACUGCCACAAGAGCAUCAGAUAAGUUUAUAGAGGGAGACAAAGAUCUGUCUUUGUCCACAGCUCCACCUCAAGAUGUGUUGUUAAAGGAGCAAAGGGAAGUCAGCACCAGUCAGAGCACUUUAGUGGACGAAUCCCAACAAGCCCAGGAGUUGUCUGAGGUGCCGAUCAGCUUGGCUACACACAAAGAAGAUGACGAGGAGCAGCUAAGGUGGAGUCAACUUUAUACCCAGAUCUCACAAAAACUGACGACUUUGAAAAAAGUUAAGGAGGAGCAUCAAACCCUGAUCAACUCAGAAGAUGAAGGGACCCAUGAAAAGGUUCCAGAAAGGGAGCUGAUAUCCACCGGAUCUGCUUCUGCUGUUAUUCAGCAGACACAUGAGUCCAUCGCCAUGCUGAGACAAAUAGUCACCUCUGUAGACUGUUCACAUUCAGGUGUGAAUCAGGAGUUGUACAUGGCGAUACGGAGGGUCCUCCUCUGUCUGGAUGCUUUGACAGACCUUCUUUUGACUCCUAGUAUCACUGGUGAAGAUGAUCCCCAGCUGAGGCUGCUACAGCAGGAGUGUGUGUCGACUGAGCUGGUGACUCUGGCUGAGCUGUUGAGUAAAGUGGAGUCAGAGACCAGACCUAAGCUCUCAAGGGAAGAACCAGAAGCUCUCCACUGUUUGACCUCCCUUCAGGAUUGUCUACACACGGUUCAGAUGGUCUUUACCUCAUCCCAGAAUCUGCUCAUUGAACAUCCGGGCAUCAAAUACCACCAUCAGGAGCUCUCCUCCAACCAGCUGUGUAUUUUGGACGAGUUUGAACUGAGUCAAAGUGAGAUGUUUCCUAGCGUAAAGGAUGCUCCCAGUUUGGAGCAGUGUGUGCUGGGCAGACAUCUGAGGGAGAGUCCAGGGGAAAAAGCCAAGCUACAGCAAGCUUCCCGGUCCUUGCUUCAGGGGAUAACUCGCCUCCUGGAACUGGGUGAAGAAUGCAUAACAGAAGGGCAGAUGAGCCAGGUUCACAGCCACAGCAGACUUCAAGCUGUUCUCUGCAGACACAAGAAGCUCCGGCAGGUCCUAAGCUCUCAGAUGGCUUUUGUGCAGCAUCUGUUCCAACGUGAGCCAGAAGCACUGAAGUGUCAGGAGGAUGAGCGGGUACAGCUGGAAGUUAGAGCCAAAGCUCUACAGCAACAGGCUCUGGAACAGGAAGUUGCUUCUCAAAGGAAGAUCCAGGAGUGGACCCUAUGGGAGGAUAAUUGUGGUCGACUAGGAAGGCUGCUGGAUGAUCUUGAAGCCUUCAUCGGCAGUGGGGAACCAGAGGGAGACGACGAGAAGUUAGCACAGCACUGGCAAGAUGCCUGCCAGCAAACAUUGGUGCAGCUGGAUGAGAGCAGAGCUGUUUUAGGACUGCUCCUGGAUCAGGGGAAGGUGCUGCAGACAGAGCCAGGGUGUGCUGCCACAGUCAGUCAUGCAGGAGGUGCCCUGGAGCUGCGAUGGCAGAGCGCCUACAGACGGACAGAGCAGGAGAUUAAACACUGCAGAGAUAUCCACGACAGCCGGGCCAGAUUCCAGACCGACUUUGCCUCAGUCAGUGAAUGGCUGGUUGGUGCCAGAAAACACCAGAAGACUUGGUCAAACCUGGCAGACACCUCUGACCUGAACCAGGAGUGCAUUCACAACCAUCUGAUCAAGCUGCUGGACUUCUCCAUGGAGACAGAAGCGAUGUCGGUGCAGAGGGCGUCUGUAUCCAGGGAAGCCUCUAAGCUGCUCCACCUGAGAGAAGCUGAUUGUCCCGGGCUGAGGGCUCAGCUCGCCCAGCUGGAGGUCAACUGGAGCCAGCUGACCUCUGACCUGUCCACGAUACAAGACCGGCUGCAGCAGCGGCUGUUGGUAGUAUGGCCACCGGUCCCGCUGCUGUCUGACCUGGAGGACUGGCUGAAGAAGCUGGAGGCUCGGCUGAGUCUGGAGAAAGAAACAGUCCUCAAGGCUAGAGAUGCUGCUCAGAUCACUGAAAUCCUGCAGCACUACCAGGAGCUAAAGGCAGGUAUGGUCAAUGGGCAGCUCCUUCUUGAUUUCCUGUGUCAAUCAGGACCUCGGGUGGUGGGAGUGGACGUCCAGGCUCUCCGCUAUGAACACACAAUGUUUGCAGAAAAACUUGGCGCCCUCAAACUGCAGUGGCUGGAACUUCAGAGAGAGCUGGAGAGCCAGAUUUGUGAAGCUGAACAGAUGCAUCACACUUGCGCCAACAGAGAGAGGCGGUUACAGCGUCUUCACAGCUCGAUAGAACAGCAGAAAAAGCAGCUGAAUCAGAGGAAACGGCCCACCAGUCAAACUCUGGCUCAUAAGGCUCUGCUGGAGUUGGAGACUGUUGUGGGCAGACUGAAGGAGGUGGCUGCAGCUUUACAGGAGUUGAAAGCCACACAGGUGCAUCUUGAAAAGAAAGAUCACCCCAGUGAUAUCUCCUUUUCUGCCCAGACAGAGAGGGUUUGUCAUGCUUGUGGGGAUCUGAGUCAACAGAUGGAAGCUCUGAGACCAGCGCUGCAGCAGGCUGUGGAGGAGUGGAGAUGUUUUGAGAGAGAUCUGAGGGAGGUUUCGCUGCUCACCACUAGGGUGUGCUGUGCUCUGCAGCAUCAGCCUCUGUUCUCACUAAAGCAGGCAGAAGGAUACAUGGACCUGCUCCAGCUACUCCAGGAUAAGGCCGGAAAAGGGGAAGAGCUUUGGUCAUCCGUGGACAAAUCCUAUCAGAAUCUUGUGAAGACAGUCCAUCAUGGAACAGCUCAGGCACUGGUUGAUCAAAUGGACGGAGAGCGAAAACGGUGGAAGAAUAUGGUGCAGCAGUUAAAGGAUGAGCGCAUGAAGACUAGAGAGACACUUUCUCUCUGGCAGGAGUACACUCGCCUCUCUGAUCGAUGCUCCAUUCACCUGCAAAAACUGUGGCAUCAGUGGGAGGAGAUUUUGAGAUCUUUACCUCCACAGGACACACAGGCCUUGGUGCACUCAGUAGAGCAGUUGCAGGAUGCUGCUGAGGAUUUGCAAAGCAGUGUGGGAGAUGUUCUCGCGGCUUCCAAGCCUCUUAUAGGACGGCUAGAACCCACAGCCGCAAAUGUAAUCCAAUCAGAGACUAGACUGCUGUCACGUAAUGUCGUCCUGCUGAGCCAGGCAAUGUCAGGGAAAAAGAAAAGUCUUCAGGAGGAUUUGGAGCAACAGAAACUAUUUCAUACCCAACUGGAGGCCCUCGAAAUGCAGACACAGAACAUACAGCAUAAACUUAAGGCCAGCUUGAGUGACACAGACUAUGUGAAGGUUCUCUUGGAGCUCAGUGGUGUGUUUGCAUCACUGGUUGACAUCAGAGAGAUGAGUGGUUAUGUGACCCUCAACAACCAUGAGACUGAGAGAAUGCACAUGCUCAGCAGGCAAUGGGUUGAAAGCAUGACUUAUACGUCUGACAUGAACAGAAAGCUGCAGGCUGAGCAUCAGCGUUCCCAGAGCUUUCAGGAGAAGUGUAAGAACCUGACGUCUAUCCAGAAGAAGCUUGAGGAGGAAUCAAUGUCCAUAAAACCUCAAAGUUACUCCACCCUCCAAGAGAUGCUGACUGUGCAUCAGAGGCUUAAGGCUGAAAUGAAUAUUGGACAGCAGGUUCUGCAGGGUCUACUCUGUCAUGCAGUUGCAUCUAUGGAAAAAGAAACAGGAGAGAAAAGAUCUGAACUGAUGGCACAAGUGACCGGUGUGAGGGAGAGCUGGCUCAGCUCUGUAGCUCUGGUUGACCAGUGCAGGUCCUCGACAAAAGAACAACUGAGCCAGUGGAGAGUCUACCAUCGUGGCUUGAAGCUGUUGUGGAAGCUGUUGAGAGACGUUGACUCCUUGUUGCCUCCCGCUGGACCUGCUCUGUGCACACUGCAUCAGCUACGGAGCUGUGCAGAUGACUACCAGUGUGUUGAGUCUGCACUGGGUCUGCACUCCGCUGUGUACACUCAGACACUGGAGGCUGGCAGACAUUUAAGUGAAACCAUGACAGAGUCAGAGAGUCAGAGCCGACUGCAGUCAGAGCUCCAGGCCGUACAGGAGGCCUGGGAGCGAACCACCUCAUUGCUGGAGAGGAGACGAAACCUGGUCAACACAACUGUUCAGAAUUGGUCUCAGUGUCAGGAUGGGAUAACCGGCAUCAUGUCCGAACUGGAUGAGCUGCAAACAAGCCUAAAACAGCCGCUGCCUCAAAGACCGCUGGAGGACGAGAAACACACUGAGGGGACAGAGCUCUCUCUGCAGCGUUUGGCCAGUGGAUUGAAGGAAUUGGCCACCAUGAAGACAGACCUGUCCCAGUACGUCGCGGCCGGUGACUCUGCUCUGCUGGAGCAGCAGCUGGAACAACUCCACGGCCAGUGGGAAGAGCUGUGUAUGAAGGUAUCCUUGCGUAGGCAGGAAAUCGCAGACCGCCUCAAUGCCUGGACCAUCUUCAACGGCAAGAACAAAGAGUUCUGCGAUUGGCUGACUCAGAUGGAGAACAAGGUGUGCCACAACGGAGAUCUGAGCAUCGAGGAAAUGGUGGAGAAACUAAAGAAGGACUGCAUGGAGGAAAUCAACCUGUUCAGUGAGAAUAAGAGCCACCUGAAGCAGCUUGGUGAGCAGCUGCUGUUAGCCAGUGACGAGGCCAAGCAGACGCAGGUCCACGGCUCGCUGCUGGAGGUCAACCAGCGCUGGCACAACCUCUUCCACCAGAUUGAAGCCAGGGUGAAAAAGCUGAAGGAGACUCUGGUGACGGUGCAGCAGCUGGAUAAGAACAUGAGUAACCUCCGCUCCUGGCUCUCUCGAAUGGAGGCCGAGCUGUCCAGACCCAUCACCUACAGCGUCUGUCACCACCAGGAGAUCCAGAAGAGGCUGGCCGAGCAGCAGGAGCUGCAGAGGGACAUCGAGCAGCAUACGGAGGGCGUAGCGUCAGUACUCAGUCUGUGCGACGUUUUGCUGCGGGAUGAAGAUGCUGCUGGCGGCACUGAGGCGGAGAGCGACUCCCUGCAGGAGACCAGCCGUAGCCUGGACCAGCGCUGGAGGACCAUCUGUGCCAUGGCUCUGGACAGGAGGCUCAGGAUCGAGGAGACGUCGAGACUCUGGUGCAAGUUCCUCGAUGACUACUCACGGUUUGAGGAUUGGCUCAAGAUGGCCGAGCGCACCGCUGCCAACCCCAACUCUGCAGACGUCCUUUAUACUGUUGCCAAGGAGGAGCUCAAGAAGUUUGAGGGUUUCCAAAGGCAGGUUCAUGAGCGGCUGACGCAGCUGGAACUGGUCAAUAACCAGUACCGCCGCCUUGUCAGGGAGAACCGCACUGACCGAGCCAGCCAGCUCAAAGCCAUGGUCCACGAAGGCAACCGGCGCUGGGACACCCUGCACCGCAGAGUGGCUGCCAUCCUCCGCAGACUCAAGUAUUUUACCAGCCAGAGGGAGGAAUUUGAAGGCACCAGAGAGAGCAUGCUGGUGUGGCUGACUGAGCUGGACCUGCAGCUCACCAACGUCGAGCACUUUUCAGAGAGCGACGUCCAUCACAAGAUACAACAGCUCAAUAGUUUCCAGAAGGAGAUCACCCUGAACACAGAGCGCAUUGAUGGGCUGAUAGUGUUCGGAGAGGAUCUGAUCCAGAAGAGCUCACCGCAGGAUGCAGCGCUAAUAGAGGACGAGUUGGAGGAGCUGCACUCCUACUGCCAGGAGGUUUUCAGCAGACUGGUCCGCUUCCACCAGCGCCUCAGCCAGCCCCCGAUAAUCAAUGAAGAACCGGAGCUCUCUGGUACCACCUUUUCCUUGGAGUCAAGCUUGGAGCUGAUUGGCCGACCGUGGCUGGGGCGGAGCCAAGGAAGCCUCCCGGCCACACCCACCCACCUGCUGGCAUCUCCGCUGGAGCGUUCAGGGAGGGAGACGCCGGUGAGCGUGGAUUCCCUGCCGCUGGAGUGGGACCACACAGGAGACGUAGGAGGGUCAUCGUCACAUGAGGAUGAUGAGGACGAAGAAGAUGAUGAGGAGGAUAGAACUUACUUCAGUGCACUAUCUGAGGUGGAGUUCACUGAGAGCCAGGAGGAAUUUGUCGAAGCCCCGGAGGCCCUACGAGCCUCCUCCCUGGUUUCAAGCAGGUCUAUGGCUGUACAUGAGUCUCCUAGAUGGCGAUCACAGGGAGAUCCAGAAACACAGUCUCUCCGGCUGGACUCAGAGGGCCAAACUGAGGCUCCACCCACCCUCACCAGCACCCCCCUAAAGCAGGGCUAUUUGCAUCUCAUGUCUCAGUGCAGCGGCAGCAUCGAGGACAUUAAAAGAGUCUCGCUGAUCCUGGAUGAUGAGGAGCAGCCAGAAGAGCUCGGUCUGACGGGACUGACUGCCUCAGACAAACAGUCAGGUGUGAUUGAGCGCUGGGAGCUGCUCCAGGCUCAGUCCAGGACCGACCAGCACGCCGGCCCUCAGGAGCCUCAACAACUCACGUCUGACCUUGGCAACAUCACUUCCUGGUUAGAAAAUGUGAUCCCGGAGCUGGAGCGCCUCCAGCAGUCCGACCCAGCAGCCAGUAUUGAGGACAUGGCAGCCAGAGCUAAAGAACUGAAGGAGAUGCAGAAGAUGUUUACUCGCUACAAGUCUGUCAUGCUGUCUGUGAACCUGCGAGCUCAGGAAGCUCCAGAACUACAGGAGAGAAUGGCGGGUAUGAAUCGAGACUGGAGCCGAGCAUGUACAGGCCUCCAGCAGUGGGACACCAGUCUGAGGAAGACGCUGAUGCGCUGCCAGGAGUUUCAUGAAACCCUCCAUUCUCUGCUGCUGUGGCUGGCCCACGCAGAGAGCAGACGCUAUGCAGUGGACAUCAGUCACCCAGAGACAGCUGUCAGAGCCCUGCAACAACACCGCCACACGCUCACAGAUCUGCAGGAGGAGCUGCAGGGCCGGCAGACUCAGCAGGCCUCCCUCCAGGCUCUGUGGUCUCAGCUCCAGCCUGAGGAGGAGGUGGAGGAGAGCAACGAGGCCCGGGAGAAACUCCACGUCACGGGCAGUAAACUGAAGCUGCUGCUGAGGCAGGUGGACCAGGACCUCAGCACCCUGCAACAGCGUUUGGAUUGUGAAUCUGCAUCAGAGGUCCAAAGUGCCUCUGCAGAUCCUUCUCAGGCCACAAAUUCAAAGAAAGGCUCCUCAACUCAAAGAGAGAAGAGGGACUCGUCUCCGCCUCGGUCCUUCUUCUACCGGGCCCUUCGCGCUGCCUUCCCUCUCCACCUCCUCCUACUGUUCCUCCUGCUCCUCCCCUGUCUGAUUCCUAUGUCGGAGAGCGACCCCAGCUGCACUGGGGCCAACAACUUCGCCCGGUCCUUCUACCCUAUGUUACGCUACACAAACGGCCCGCCGCCCACCUGAUAGAAACAUAUUUGGAAAUAGAAGAAAGACAUUUGACGUUAAGAAACACAAGCCACCUUUGUUAUCACACUGAAACCGUCUGACAUAUAAAGCUGAUAUGUUAAGCUGAUGAAGCGACUGGCUUCUAAAAAUAAGUCCAAAGUGCAGAAAUUAUAUUUAAGUGUGUAUUUUUUAAGAUUUGAUCAUAGAGAAGAUUGUAUUUAUUCCACGAACAAAACCCACUUGAUUGCAUUUCAAUCAGGAAAAUCACUGCAUGUGAACAAAAAAUGCUGGUGUUUUUAGUUUAAUGAUGCAAAGGUCUUGAUGGCAGUCAACAAAUCACUGGAGCCUCUCAAAGAGCUCCCCUAAAGAAGUCAUACAGUAGAUGUUGUCUUGACAUUUGUGGAGUUUUUAAAGCAGCAUACAGUACAUAGCAGUGGCAGCAAAGAGGCAUACAGUAACAGGUAAGAAAGUGAAAUAUCCCUCAGUCACUGCAGAAGCCAGCAAACAUAUUCCACUGGAUAAUAACUGAGAGGUGGAAAACAAGUUAAGAUGAUGAAAUCACAAUAUUUUAUCUUGCUUGAACUUGUGCUAAAAGCUUAAUUUGAUGGUCUAAACACGUACUGCUAUUUUUUUUUGCUCCUGCUUUGGUCCUCGUUGUUAUUUUAUGUAUUGUUAACAUUUAAUUUUGUCUAACUUGACCCUGAAAACAAAAAGCAUGCUUGAUCUAUUUUUAUGUUAGACUGAACUCCUAAAAAGUUUAUUUUUUACAACAAAAGACACUGGUUGAAUUUGUGAAUGUAAAGGCCAACAGUAAAAAAUUAAAGCUUUUAUACACAUAAUUGUAUAUUCAUAUUGUUUUUUAGAUGCUAUUUCUUGAGUAGAUAGUGAGCAGACAUUUCCAUGCCUCCCAGUGCACUGUUGAAACACUGUAGAUUUAGCAGGAUGAUGUGUAUGUACAGAACGUAAUAAUAUAAGGCUUAUUUAUAACAUCAAAUGCUGGAUUUAUGCUUCUAAUUUCCUGGUAGUAAACACUGAUUGUCUUAACUCUA